AUGAGUAUUGAAAGUAUUGAUAGAAAUAACGAGUUACAAGUUAUUGAACAAAUAUUGGAGGCUGAAAUAACUAAGCCAUCCAAGAUUAAGAGGGUGCGCCAAAAAAAGAGGAUACUUGAUGUCGAGACUACUCUCUUGAGACACAAUGCCUCUUUGAAUGAGGUAAAUGUCAAGUCGAUCUUCAUUGACAAACAAAAUAUGAUGGCGUCCAUGUCAAACAUUGCAAUUACACACAAUAUCCAAUUUAAGGUUAUCAAAUCAAGCACAACAAGAUAUUCAGUGCGAUGUUUGGAUAACAACUGCGUAUGGUGGUUUCAUGCCUCGAAGAUUGCCGAUUCUUUGCUCUUUCGGGUUACUACGUAUGAAAAGGCUCACAGUUGCUUGACUGAUUUCAUAACAUCCGACCACAGAAAUGCAACAUCAAAGGUCAUAUGUGACUACAUAGUAGAGCUCGUAUGUGACUCUAAUAAUGUGAUCACACCCAACUUCAUGGUAAAUAAAAUGAGAAGGAAAUACAGAAUCAUCAUAUCCUACAACAAAGUAUGGCGAGCAAUACAACAUGCCUAUACGGUGAUAAGAAAAACUGCAGAAGAUAACUAUAACAGGUUUCUAUCGUAUCUUCACAUGAUGAAAGAAAAUAACCCAGGCACGUACACAAACAUAAAGAGGAACGAUGAGAGCAGGUUUCAAUAUGCAUUCUUUGCAUAUAGCGCUUCAAUCAUUGGAUGGACCAACUGUAGACCGGUAAUAAUGGCAGAUGUAAUAUUUUUUAAGGCGAAAUAUCAUGGUGUCCUCAUGAUAGCAGUGUCAAAGGAUGGAAACAACAACCUAUUUUCUUUGGCUUUUAGAAUUGCAAACUCAGAAAAUAAUGAGUCUUAUAACUGGCUCUUCAAUUAG